AUCCCUAUCAACAUCAAUCGACAAAGUUGAAUUCGUGGUCUCACAUCAACUCAAGGGAUCUGAGUUCUGCGGUAGGUUGUGAGCCAAAUAGAAAAGUUACCUCCGCAAAAAGAAAUGAAGAAAAGGGUAGCCAAUGUGGCUUGAAUCUCUAUCAACGUCCUCUGAACAGGGGCCAGCAAACUCCAGCGUUUGAAAAGUAAACUGUUAGUUUAAUAUUUUCGUUUAAGAUGACCACCCAUCUCACGUCAAGUGUUUCUUCGACGUCCCUCUCUCUCUGUGGCUGCUUUUCUUCUUCAGAACUCAGUCGCCAUUUGCGUUCCGUCACCGAUCAAGUUUCUCCAAGGAUUUGCUCUUUAUUCCCUAAGUUCUCCAACUAAAGGACGAGCAUGUAAAGAAACUUGAUUUUGCAGUUCAUCUGAUUCGUCUAGCUAGCUACUGCUCUUGAUUCUGCUUAUUCUUUAGGCGUUUAGGCGUUGAAGCAUAAUUUUUAUUUUGUCGGUAAGAAUCGUCAGCGAAGGGGCUCCUAGGUUUUGGUUUUUGGCAGAGUGGUAUCCGAUUGUGAAUAUGGUUUCUGGAUUGAUUAACGAAAAUCCCGUGAUUUACGAGAGGAAGGAGAGGUAUGAUCGGCCUGCAAGGAUAAGCAACGAUCAUGGUGUUGAACGUAUUGACCCCUUGGAGGUUUUUGAUCAUAUAAGAGAUAUAAAAGACCCAGAAUAUCCUUACACUUUGGAGCAGUUGAAUGUUGUAUCAGAAGAAGCAGUUGAAGUGAGUGAGGAGAGGAGACUUGUCAGGGUAAAAUUCACUCCUACGGUUGAUCAUUGCAGCAUGGCAACCGUUAUAGGCCUUUGUUUACGUGUGAAGCUUAUGCGGAGUCUGCCUUCUUGGUACAAGGUUGAUAUUACAGUAGCACCAGGAACUCAUGCCACCGAGGAUGCAGUGAACAAACAGCUGAAUGAUAAGGAACGUGUUGCAGCAGCAUUAGAGAAUUCGAGUCUGAUGCAAAUGGUUGAAGAUUGUCUUGCCCCAACAUAUGAUUAGUUUAUUAAAACCAAGAAAAGUUCUCCCAGAAACUUGUGAAAUGAUAAUUGGAAGCUAAAAGGUGGGGUUCACAUUUUUUACUACAGCGAGACCCUUAGCAGAAUAAGUUACCUGAUGGCACCUACAGAUUUGGGCAUUUUCCUGAAGCUGUUUCUGAUAAGUGCAGCAUAUCAUUAGUUGAUGAUUUGUCAACAAGUUUAUGGAUAUUGUAAAUUACAAAGUAUAAAAAUCUUUCAUGUUCAAAUAAGAAAAUUUCUUUUUGAUA